ACGUGUCCUUCUUCAUUCAAACACAGCUUCCCCAAUUUCACUCUCCAAUCCAAGCUCUCUCUCAUCUCAGUCUCACAGUGACCGUUCCAUUCCACUGAAACAACCAAAAAAAACUCAUCUUUUCUUCACCUCCAAAAUUCAACCAAUUCAAUCACAAUCUUCUCUCUCAUGCGAACCUAACACCCAAACAAAAAUGAGCUCAUCAUCACACUUAAUCUCCAUUCCCAACCCUCCCACUCUCUCUCCCCCAAUCCUCCCUCCAAACCCAAACCACAAUUUCCCAAAAAAACUCGAAUUCUCCGGCCGCGGCCGCCGGAGACUCCUCAGCUCCGGCACCGGAAGAGUCCGAGCCAAAGCCAAAGAUCUCGUCCUUGGAAACCCCUCGGUCACAGUCGAAAAGGGAAAAUACAGCUAUGAUGUCGAAACCCUAAUCAACAAGCUCUCGAGCUUGCCUCCUCGAGGAAGCAUCGCUCGCUGCCUCGAUUCCUUCAAGAACAAGCUCAGCCUCAGCGAUUUCGCUCUCGUCUUCAAAGAAUUCGCAUCUCGCGGCGAUUGGCAACGAUCGCUCCGACUCUUCAAGUAUAUGCAGCGCCAAAUCUGGUGUAAACCUAACGAACACAUCUACACUAUCAUGAUUGGUGUGCUUGGGCGUGAAGGCUUGCUCGAGAAAUGCUCCGAGGUGUUCGACGAAAUGCCUAGCCAAGGAGUGCCUCGCAGUGUCUUCUCUUUCACAGCUAUAAUCAAUGCCUAUGGCCGAAACGGUCAGUUCGAGACUUCUUUGGAGCUUCUGGGGAGGAUGAAGAAGGAGAGAGUUUCGCCCAGUAGUUUGACUUACAAUACAGUGAUCAAUGCUUGUGCGAGAGGUGGAUAUGAUUGGGAAGGCUUGUUGGGUUUGUUUGCUGAAAUGCGACACGAAGGUAUACAACCCGAUCUUGUCACUUAUAAUACACUGCUUAAUGCUUGUGCGAAUAGGGGUUUAGCUGAUGAGGCAGAGAAGGUUUUUAGGACUAUGAAUGAGGGUGGUGUUUUGCCUGAUAUUACUACUUAUAGUUAUUUGGUUCAGACAUUUGGGUCCUUGGGUAGGUUAGAGAAGGUUUCUGAACUUCUACGUGAGAUGGAGUCCGGUGGGAAUUUGCCGGAGAUAUCAUCUUAUAAUGUGUUAUUAGAGGCUUAUGCGCAUUCGGGAUCGAUUAAAGAGGCAAUGGGAGUGUUUAGGCAAAUGCAAGAAGCGGGUUGCACGCCAAAUGUGUCUACUUAUAGUAUUUUGUUGAAUUUGUAUGGGAAGCACGGGAGGUAUGAUGAUGUUCGUGAACUUUUUCUUGAGAUGAAAGUGAGUAAUACAGAGCCCGAUUCUGCUACUUACAAUAUUCUCAUACAGGUUUUUGGGGAAGGUGGGUAUUUUAAGGAGGUAGUGACUUUGUUCGACGAUAUGGUUGAGGAGAGUAUUGAACCAAAUAUGGAGACUUAUGAGGGAUUGAUAUUUGCUUGCGGAAAGGGAGGGCUUCAUGAGGAUGCAAAGAAAAUUUUACUUCAUAUAAAUGAGAAAAGGUUAGUGCCAAGUUCAAAGGCAUACACAUGGGUUAUUGAAGCAUUUGGACAGGCUGCAUUGUAUGAGGAAGCUCUUGUUGCCUUUAAUACAAUGAAUGAAGUGGGAAGCAAGCCAACCGUAGAAACUUUCAACUCUUUGAUUCACACAUUUGCAAGAGGGGGGCUUUACAAGGAGUCUGAAGCGAUAUUCUGGAGAAUGGGUGAGUGUGGUAUCAUGCAGAACAGUGAUUCGUUCAAUGGUAUCAUUGAAGGAUUUAGACAAGGGGGCCAAUUUGAAGAAGCUAUAAAAGCUUAUGUUGAGAUGGAAAAGGCCAGAUGUGAUCCUGAUGAGCGUACCCUUGAGGCAGUGUUGAGUGUUUACUGCUUUGCAGAUCUUAUUGAUGAAAGUGAGGAACAGUUUCAGGAAAUUAAAGCAUUGGGCAUAUUGCCCAGUGUCAUGUGCUACUGCAUGAUGCUGGCAGUUUAUGCAAGGGGUGACAGGUGGGAUGAUGCCUAUAAAUUGCUGGAUGAGAUGUUGACAAAUAGGGCAUCCAAUAUUCAUCAAGUGAUUGGGAAGAUGAUCAAGGGAGAUUAUGAUGAUGACUCGAACUGGCAGAUGGUAGAGUAUGUGUUUGACAAACUCAAGUCUGAAGGGUGUGGUUUGGGGAUAAGGUUCUACAACACACUACUAGAAGCACUUUGGUGGCUGGGGCAGAAAGAACGGGGUGCCAGAGUUCUCAAUGAAGCAACAAAGCGGGGGCUUUUUCCGGAGUUGUUUCGUAAGAACAAACUUGUGUGGUCUGUAGAUGUACACAGGAUGUGGGCAGGUGGUGCAUGCACAGCAAUAUCUAUUUGGCUCAACAACAUGUAUGCAAUGUUCAAAAAUGGGGAGGAUCUUCCUCAAUUGGCAACUGUUGUUGUAGUACGAGGGCAGAUGGAGAAGAGCUCAAUAACAAGGGACUUCCCUAUUGCAAAGGCUACCUAUCCUUUUCUGAAAGAUAAUGUAUCAUCAUCCUUUUGCUUCCCUGGGUGGAACAAGGGGCGAAUCAUCUGUCAGCGGCCUCAGCUUAAGAGGAUUUUGUCAGCUACAGAACGAUCUUCAGAAGGGUCUGAAAAUGAUAAGUUAAUAACUUUAAUUAACUCUCCCUUUACCCUUUUGGGGACAAGAACACCCCCAAGUGAUGUUAGUGGAGAUCAGCAUGGAAGUGCUGAUAGUGAAUCAAGAAUUAGAAUGACUACAGAGCUUAUGACAAGCAUGGUUUAAUAAUAGAUUAAACAAAACCUAUAGAGCAGCUUUCAGGGCUGGCUGUUCUGGCUAGGAGAUCAUGGCAAUUUAAUUGAAAGGAACUGAGGAUUGAAGGAUUGCAUUCAGUUGGCUUCCAGCCUGCCAAUAUGUUAAAGAUAGCCAAGUAGCAGAUAUAAUGCCUAGUUGAGGCAGUUGCCUACUAGUUUGGUUGAAGCCCCAAUUUUGUUCUCUGGCUUUACCAAUAGGGAGUUGAGCAGAGGUGAGGAUUUUAUAUGUUUUCCCUUCCCAAAAUGGUUGAUUUUUUUUAAAAAUCAAAUGUACAUGUAUAUCUUGUUUUCAACAUUUUUUACUAAUUUAUUGAGAAAUGUUAAUUGGUAGA